AUCACCGGAUGCAAAGAUGACAGAGAUUCCGCGGGUGCCGAGUGCCAUAUAACCAUUGCAGAUUCGUCUGAUUAUGACUCCUCAGUCAGAUUGCACUACACAGCUGCCAUGAAACAACUCACGUUGCCAACGAGCUGCCGAACGAGGAUUCAGUGGACCCGUACGAUGUGGUCAUGACCGUGGGAGGGCUGGCGACACCGUCAAGGAAGGUUGUGGUAUCGAGCAGCGCCGUCGAGAAGUCGGCGUUUCCGACAGACAAGAAGGUCGCAGGGACGCCGGUAGCGAUACCUGGCCUCAGAUCGGCUUCGUCACCAGCCUCCCCGGAGCCCUGCGGGUUGGAUCCUCCAUCAAGAGUCUGGAGUUUGAACGUCGUCGAGGAAGAGAUGUCCGUUCGCAGGGUCUUCAAGAACGACUGGCAGAGUAUCAGCAAUCAAGAGCAUGGACGUAGCGGUCGCUCAUUCUCACCUGCAAAUCCGCGGUUUCUGCGAACUGAUCGACGUAUCCCGUGAUGAGUAUCGAGCUGUUCUUCUGCGUGGCGGGAGUCGCGGGGAUGCCGUACAGAGCCUGCAGGCACGCCGGGGUGAUGACCCCGGUGGCGACAUUCGUGUUGCACGACGCCGGGGCGGCCCGCUUCGCCUGGGGCACGUUCAUCUGGAUCGGCGACGGCGCGAGUCUGGGCUGGGGCUCGACGAACGCCGUCGAGGGGUGGAUGACAUCCACCACGCCGACCAUCUCGCUCGGGAGCGACACGGACAUCGUGCGCGUGAUCUUCUCGGUCAGCUGGGGAUGAGAGAAGAGCUCGAAGUUGGCGUUGAAGAGGUCGUUGGCGUGCGAGACGGGGAGCGUCGCGGUCACCCAGUCGCCGUUGGGUGAGAUCGCCGUCGUCUUCAGUCCGUUCGCCGUGGCGAAGGCAUUGAACGCAGCAACAGUUGCAGCAGAUGGCUCCAUGAAGGACUUGACCU